AUGGUUAGCGAGCAGGGGGAGGAGGAGAUUACAGAGGAAGCAAGCCUCCCGACUCUAGUGGAGCAGCCGAAGAGAGGAAGGAAAGGAGCUCCGAAGACGAGAACCGGAUGCGUGACGUGCAAAUUACGCCGUAUAAAAUGUGAUGAAGCUAAACCGCAAUGCAACAAAUGUAUAUCCACAGGACGAACCUGUGAUGGAUACAAGCUGCCAUCUUCUCGAGCCAAAAAGGUGCCUCAGCGGUCAACACCCGUUCCGCUGGCACCUGCACCCACGACUGCCAAACCCAUUAAUCUCCAUACUAGAUUCACGAGGCAUGAUCCCGGUAUCCCAUCGAAUCCAUCUACCAACCAGGAUCUACCACGCUGCGACCUCCGCGCCCUGGACCAUUUCCACUGCCGGACAGCCACGGUAUUAGGCGGCUGGCUACUUGCUCCUUUCUGGACAUUACAACUCCCACAGCUAGCGUACUCGCAGCCCUCGACCAGACACGCCAUCAUAGCCAUCUCUACCAUCCAUGAAAACAUCGAGUUAUUCCGUGAGGCUCUCCCAGACGAUCCUCGGCUCCACCCUAGUUCAUCCAGGGCCCGCAAGGAGUUCGCGGAAAGACAUUAUCAGUCCGCGGUUUCGGCUCUGGCGAGUAAUUUAGCGGCAGGCACGGCGAGUGAAGAAGUUGCGCUGACGAGCUGUGCAUUGUUUGUUGUAUUCAACUUCCUGUCUGGUGGUAAUUUUGCGAGAGCGGUCUGGCACUUGCAAUAUGGACUUGAGAUAUUUAGUCGAUGGAGGAAUGGAGCUGGAAGGCAUGUGAGCGAAGGCUCGUUGGAGGCGAACUUAGUAGAGUUGAUGAACAGGAUAAGCCUCGAUGGGCAGGCGAUGCAAGAGACGGUUCCAAUCGAGGACCGCGAUGAUGUAGAUCUGUCCGAGUUCGAUGAUUUGGUAGCGGCGGGGAAGGCCAUGGAGGCUCUUUCGAAGGAAGGUCUUCGCUUGAUUCGUCUGGACGUUGUGCUGCUGUCGAAUGGGAAACGUGACGUCUCUGGUCGGCAGUUCCUCGAUACUCAAGUCACUUCCCAUAUAUCGCAUCUUGCGCACUGGCACGCAAGGCUCGAGGCGAUUAUAGCAGAUCCCAAGUUUCUCCUAACCACAGAGGACAAAGAUUAUAUAAACCAACUCCGAAUCCUCCACCUGUCAGCUCGAAUCUGGAUGUAUGCUGGAUUUCCUGCUGCCCAGGGCCCUCAACCAAUCAGAACAUUCGAAACAUUUAUCGACCUGGUAGACGAGCAGUAUGGCAGCUGGCAAGCGAGAGGUCUUGAGCAGUAUGGUCGAGCGUUCUUGUUCAAUAGAGGGCUCAUACCGACGAUAACGUAUAUAGUUACUUCCUCCUCGAACGAGCACUUAAGAACACGAGCACUUGUUCUUUGGAUCAAAUCAGCGCCAGAGUCUAUCCCCAGCAUUCCACGUCCGGCCAGUGUCGAAUAUCGGGGUAGACGAAUGGUUCAGGAGUAUGAAUUAUAG